GUACACUGAGGAAACAGAUUCUGGAUCAGCCCACAGAUUAACUGUCUCAGAAUUCUAGUAGAACUCCCACGGUAGAAUUCCUGGCUGAGAUUAAUGUGGAAACCGGCGGAAUCGCCGGACAUCUCUUUUUUCAAGGCCGAACGAAUAUAAAGAUGUACGACUUUCAACGUUUUCUGGUGAUGCUCUAACACUCCAAACUCAAGACUGGUUCUUGUCAUUCACUCACUCAUUCAUUCUUUCGAUCCUUCAUUUCUUCGCUCUUUUUGUCAUUCCUUCUUUUCCCGACAAGCUCGGCAUACAUUCAUUCACAAUGAGAAUCGGCAAUUUGAUCGUGGCUGCAAGUGCUGCAAGCCUGGUGCAUGCGUAUCCUACGCGGGAUAUCAAAAAGCGUGGCUCAGGGUUCACCUGGGUCGGCGUUAGCGAAUCUGGUGCUGAGUUCGGAUCCAGCAUCCCAGGAACACUGGGCACCGACUACACUUGGCCUGAUACAUCUAAGAUUCAGACUCUGAGGGAUGAUGGAAUGAACGUCUUCCGUAUCCCCUUUCUCAUGGAGCGUUUGGCGCCUAACCAGAUGACUGGAUCUCUGGACGCGACCUACUUGAAAGACCUGAAAUCUACUGUCCAGGCCAUCACUGAUAGUGGUGCUUAUGCCGUUCUCGACCCCCACAACUACGGACGAUACUCUGGAAGUAUCAUCUCUUCUACUUCUGACUUCAAAACCUUCUGGAAGACCGUCGCUGGAGAAUUCGCAUCUAACGAGAAGGUCAUCUUCGAUACUAACAACGAGUACCAUGACAUGGAACAGUCUCUCGUCCUUAGCCUGAACCAGGCAGCCAUUGACGGUAUUCGCGCGGCUGGAGCCACGACACAAUACAUCUUUGUCGAGGGCAACUCGUACUCGGGUGCAUGGAAGUGGGCCGAUACCAAUGACAACCUCAGUCAACUGACUGACCCGCAAGAUAAGAUUGUCUACGAGAUGCACCAGUAUCUCGACUCGGAUGGCUCUGGUACCUCCGAGGCCUGUGCCAGCUCGACCAUCGGCAAGGAGAGACUGCAGACCGCCACGCAAUGGUUGAAGACCAACAACAAGAAGGGUUUCCUUGGUGAAUUCGCCGGUGGUGUCAACGAGCAGUGUGAGCAGGCUGUUGAGGGUCUCCUCUCUUACAUGUCAGACAACUCGGACGUCUGGAUGGGUGCCGAAUGGUGGUCGGCUGGCCCCUGGUGGGGAUCCUACAUGUACAGCAUGGAGCCAACUGACGGAACUGCCUACUCCACAUACCUUCCCAUCUUGAAGAAAUACUUUGUGGACGGCACUGGCGCUAGCACCAGCUCAUCGGCUACUUCUGCUGUCCCAUCGACUGCAGCUGCCAGCACCUCAACCUCUGCCAGCACUUCGACCUCUGCCACCGCCUCGACUACCUCCGUUUCCUCGACUAUCAUCAGCGCUGUGGAAUCCUCCUCCACUAGCAGCGUUGCCGAAGCCCCCGCAACCACUUCGGAAGUCGACACUGUCACACCCACCCCAUCUCACCCAGCCCCUCAGCCAACCUCCGACUCGUCCAGCGCUUCUUCCAGUGUGCCCACAAGCAGCGCCCCGACGACUCUUUCGACCGCCUUGGCUUGUGGAUACCGUUCUACCGUCACUGUGACUGCCAGCAAAUCUACCGCAGCACCCAUCAGCUCCGCGAGUGCCGUCCCCCAGUACUACCAGUGCGGUGGAAUCAACUAUAGCGGACCCAAAACCUGCGAGAGCGGUUACACCUGCGUCAAGCAGAACCCCUACUACAGCCAGUGUCUCUAAGGGGCCAGGGACGACGAGGUGGCGAGUUGAUUGAAUCGAUCAUCUUCACUUCAGUUGUACAUAUUACCAGCUUCCGUCUUGGAUAGAGCUCAUCAUACAGUAUUCUCAGUCAACGAUGAUGAGCAUCAUUGCAACCCCAUAUAACCAUAGACACUGAUAGAGAACUAGCGUAAAAGUGGCCCCAACGUGGUAGCCAUCUUCAGUAAACACUUGAAUAAUCAUUAGAAUCAUUGAAGAACUGCUCUAUUUAAGGACUAGCCGUUCGUUCUUUGCUGUCAUCCUAGACAAGGGUCGGUAACACAGCUCAAUUCGUCUGCACUAUCUAACUAUUAG